AUGUUUAUUAAAGAGGCUUAUGAGAGAAGACAGAAAUAAGGAGAAGGAGAGUUACAAAUUCUGUCCACUGAAUAAAAGAUUCAUAUGAUAGGAAGCAUCAAGAAUAAUAAAGUAAAUUAUGAUAAGGAUGAACAAUUUUUUAGUAAAGAAGAUAUUCCAUAGAAAGCAAUGCAAACUAAAUAAUACAUCUAAACUUUUGUUGACCCUGAUAUUUUGGGCUUAAGGAAGAAACUAUGGAAUUGUAGUGUCUCAGUUCCCAAAAACCCAUUAUCAGAAGAGACUCAUGAGAGGAAGUUGGUCAAAAUCAAAUUAGGUUUACUUGACCAUCCUAUCCCUAAGGAGAAACCAAACAAAAUAUAUGAAGGCACAGAAACUAGAGACAAUUAUUAGCUUGCAAAAAAAGGAUAAAAUAAAUGGAACAUUAGUACAGAGACAAGUUCACUUGAGUUUCAAAAAUAUCUCAUGAAUCAAACUAAGAGAGCUAAAUCCCACUGCAAAACUAAAGAAAAGGAAAUUAUUAAGAAUUACCUUAAGCCCAUAGAACAUUAAACACAAUUACAAUAAAAUCUAAGAUCAUAGAAAGUAAAUGAAAAAGAGUUCAGAGCAAAUAUCAGGUAAGAAUACUUAGUCAAGAAUCCUGCUGCUUCACAAUAAGCAACUGAUGCUGCGGUUUUUAGAUUGGCUUAUGAAGCACAUUUAAGCAAGAAUUAAGAACAAAUUCAGGAUAAGAACUUUACAUUCAGGCCAGAUAUGAGUAAGACACUCAAACACGAAUUGGAAUUUAAAUAAUAUCAUAACGGAGUGUGGUAGAAAAUGAGUGAUGGAAAUGAAGGUUGGUCAUGUUGUAUGAAUUACACAUUUGAUUCUCCAGGAUGUAUCAAAGUUAAAUUAGAUAAGAAUAGAUGGGAUUACUCCUCAUUUACACACUGA